GAAGCCCGUGCGAAACCUGUUACGUAUUUAGCUUGCGACACGCGACGCUGCAGUGUGCCACAGAUUGUCGACAUAAACAUCGUAUAACAAGUGAUUUUUCAUCUUAAACUAAAAACCUACAAGUCUCCAAAGAGACGCGUUUAGUUUUGUUUCUUUAGGCGACCGGAGUUUAAACUUCGAGAUGUCUCUGGCGGAUGAGCUCCUGGCCGAUCUGGAGGAGGCUGGAGAUGAGGGGGAGGACGGGCUGUACCCAGAAGGAGAGGAGGGGGAUAGCGAUGGAGAGGCGACGCAGGGACGGACAGAGGCAGGGCUGGAGGAUAUCCCAGAAGAGAUGGAGGUGGACUACAGUAAAGCUGAGAGCGUCGCGUCCAUUGCCAAGCUGCGCAACAGCAAACAGUUUUCAGAGAUUAUGGACAAAAUCUCAGCGUAUGUUGGAAAACAGCGCAAGAACUCAGAGGUCUCGGGUCCAGUUGAAGCUGACCCAGAAUACAGACUGAUCGUAGCAGCCAAUAACCUCACAGUAGAGAUCGACAACGAGCUCAAUAUCAUUCACAAGUUUACUCGGGAUAAAUACUCCAAGAGGUUCCCAGAGCUCGAGUCUCUGGUGCCGGAUUCUCUUGAUUACAUCCGUACAGUCAAGGAACUGGGAAACAACCUGGAGAAGUGCAAGAACAACGAAACUCUUCAGCAGAUCCUCACCAACGCCACUAUUAUGGUUGUCAGUGUGACAGCCUCGACCACACAGGGGUCCCUGUUAAGCGAGGAUGAACUGAGGCAACUGGAGGAGGCAUGUGACAUGGCUCUGGAGCUGAACCAGUCUAAACACAGGAUAUAUGAAUAUGUGGAGUCCAGAAUGUCGUUCAUCGCCCCAAAUCUGUCCAUCAUUGUUGGAGCGUCAACAGCCGCCAAGAUCAUGGGUAUCGCUGGUGGCCUCACUAACCUCUCAAAGAUGCCCGCCUGUAACCUGAUGCUGCUGGGAGCUCAGAGGAGAACCCUGUCUGGCUUCAGCAGCACGUCCCUGCUGCCCCACACUGGCUUCAUCUACCACUGCGAUGUUGUGCAGUCACUGCCACCUGACCUCAGGAGGAAGGCGGCUCGUCUGGUGGCUGCAAAGUGCACUCUGGCUAGCCGAGUGGAUAGUUUCCAUGAGAGUUCAGACGGCAAGGUUGGCUACGAUCUAAAAGAAGAAAUCGAGAGGAAGUUUGAUAAAUGGCAGGAGCCUCCGCCAGUGAAGCAGGUCAAACCGCUGCCAGCCCCGCUGGACGGGCAGAGGAAGAAGCGAGGAGGGAGAAGGUAUCGAAAGAUGAAGGAGCGCCUCGGCCUCACUGAGAUCAGGAAACAUGCCAACAGGAUGACCUUUGCAGAGAUUGAGGACGAUGCGUAUCAGGAGGAUCUGGGCUUCAGUCUGGGUCAGCUGGGGAAGAGCGGCAGCGGGCGAGUCAGGCAGGCUCAAGUCAACGAGGCCACGAAGGCCAGAAUCUCCAAAUCUCUCCAGAGGACGUUGCAGAAGCAGAGCAUGACAUACGGAGGAAAGUCCACAGUCAGAGAUCGCUCCUCAGGAACCAGCUCCAGCGUCGCAUUCACUCCUCUCCAGGGGCUGGAGAUCGUGAACCCACAGGCUGCAGAGAAGAAGGUGGCUGAAGCCAACCAGAAAUACUUCUCUAACAUGGCGGAGUUCCUUAAAGUCAAGAAGGAAUCUAAGAUGUAAACAGACACACCAGAAACACACAGACCUUCACCAUCAGACCACACAUGGACUGUUAACACUCAAUACUGCAGUGAUAGUUUAUUUUUUAAAUUUGUCUUACGUUGAAGUUUUGUCCUGUAUUUAGUUUUUACUUUUUUUGAUUUUUGCCAUUUUAAUAAAGCACAUGACGAUUUCA